AUGAGUACAUCUGCUCCGAACGUGGACCUGAAGUCACGUGGUCUUCCGACGACAUCUGUCGUAGCAUUAGUUACGUCAGUCCUUGGGCUGGCCUUCUUCAGUGCUUCGCACGGUGGUAGUGAUGAAGACGAGGCUGCAGGAGCUAGUUCAGUCGCAUGGCUGCUGUGGACAGCCAUGCGGUUGGGGCAGCUGCUGUUGGCGCUCGUUGUGUUGUUCGUGGUCGUCCUUGUCUCUCGCCAGCGCUCCAUCCUGUACGUGCCAGUUCCACCUGGGACGCAGCGCUCGCCGCGAAUGGGUCCGAGAAUGUUUCGAAGCCCAGAGGAGUGGCAGCUACCUUAUGAGGAUGUCUCCAUCGUAACUGAGGAUGGUGUAAGGCUUGCGGCUUGGUUUGUGUACCAGCCAGCUGUCAGUUCAGCGGGCGCCGUGCCGUACACCGUUCUGUAUUUCCAUGGAAAUGCUGGAAACAUUGGCCACCGCUUGGAGAACGUGAAAGACAUGUACAAGCAGUUGGCCGUCAAUGUCUUGAUUUUUGACUAUCGUGGCUAUGGUGAUUCCGAGGAUGGAAGCGGACCAUCGGAGAGGGGCUUCCUGCAGGAUGCAAAGGCUGCGUGCCGAUGGCUGGUGCAGCGAGCUCGACAGUCAGGCACCAGCGGCUGCUCCAUGCGAAUUCGCGAAGAUCGAAUUCUGUUCUUUGGGCGCUCUAUCGGGGGUGCGGUGGCGAUCAAACUUGCUGCUCAUACGCUGAAACAGAAGCGCGAUGAGGCAGCAGACCUGCCGCUGCCAGCAGGUAUUGUGUUAGAGAACACAUUCACGUCAUUGCGAGACAUGGCCCUGCAGAUGUUUCCCUUCCUGUCGCCGCUCAGGCCGUUGCUGCGAGCGCCUUUGAUUUUUGACGAGUGGACAUCUGCUGACAGCCUGCAAUACUUUGCGAACAAUCAUGAGCUCUGGUGCUGCUGCUUGUUUAGCGGCUUGCAGGACCAGAUAGUACCUCCAGCACAGAUGAAGGAGCUCUACACUUUGUUGUCGAAACGCCGCCCAAAGGUUCUGAAGUGCUUCAACUUCCCCUUGGGUGGCCAUAACGACACGCCUCAGAUCGGUGGCGCUGACUAUUGGGCGUCUUUCAAAAAGUUCAUGGGUCUCGUGAGAGAUAGUGAGGCGGAACGUGAGAAGUCUUCAAAAGAUUAG